AUGACCAAGUACCUGGCUGCACUAUCCUCUGCUAAGUUGGGAGCGCCAAGCACUGACGGCAUUGAUGCUGCCAUGCUCAAGGCUGCUAACGGCGACAUCCACCAACACAUGCUGGAGGGUAUGAACAAAAUCCUCAUGCCAGGAGCGGAGGUCCCCAAAGAGUGGCGCAAGGCCAGAAUCGUGCUCAUCCCUAAAGACGCCCUCCUGGAAUCCCUGGAUUAUUAUGGGCUGGGCGCACGCCUGAUCGACCUCAUCAGCCGGCUGUACAAUAACUGCAAAUCAGACAUGUUUCUGAACCACAGCACCAGUAGCACUUUCCCUAUCAACCGAGGGGUCCGCCAAGGCGACACUCUGUCGCCCCUUCUCUUCAUCCUCAUCCUUAACCCACUGCUCAAGUGGAUCAAGAGGGGCGAAUCCGGCCACCAAUUCCCAAACGGUCUCACCAUCCUGGUAGUGGCUUAUUGUGACGAUGUCGCUCUAGUCGGGCGUAAGGCCGAAGAUCUGGAGGAAUCGACCCGCAAGUUGGCCCUGUUCAGUGCUUGGGCUGGCCUGGAGGUCAACCCCAGUAAAUCCGCGCACACGUGCUCCCGGGCCAGCAGACCUGCCGUCCUGCGCGUGCCUGACACAACAAGCGCCACGGGGUACAUGGGCGUGGCGCUCAACCUUGACCUCAAUUGGGCCGCCCAAAUGGCACAAACAAAGAACCGGGUCACCAAAUACCUUGGCCUCAUCACUCACCAGCGCUUAUCCACCGACAACCGGAUCUACAUUAGCAAUCGGUCCAUCAUCACAGCACUCAAGCGAUCCACGCGCAUUCCUGCGAACAUGGACGAAGAGCCUUUCCUAAUGGCCCCCGAUGAGGGCGGCCGGGGACUCAUCAGCCUCAUCGACCUUCAAAAUGCCAUCCUGUGCGCCCGCACUGCCCAAGAGCUUGCCUCGCAGGCUCUCAGCUCCCGCACCAUCCACGCAACCUGGUACCACGCCUUUGUGUACAACAACAGCCACAUAGGCCGUUGGACCACAGCCAUCAGGGAGAUGGGUUGGCAGGCCUGGCCCAGAACAAGCGACCUGGACUGGGUGGGCCACUUUGUCGCCGACCCCGCCCUUGCCCACGCACUGGUCAGCAAGGGCAUUUUCAGUCCAGCCACUGCCCUAGGGGAGGCUGAAAGGUUCCAAGCCAAAUUGCAAGUCCUCAAAAGCGAGCUGUGGGGACCCUUCCAGCCGUGGGUAGAAGGCAACGAGGGCGCCGACCGGCUGGCAGGACUGGGCCACUCCAAGCCGUACGCUGUGGAACCGUGGACAGUGCCGGCGCUCGCGGACGCCGUCACCAUCUUUGACAGCGACGGUCAUGUCAUCGAGGAUGGCAGCCGCGACCCCAUCACAAGGAGCAUGGGCAACUUCCUGCACAAGGCCCGAUACGGCGCACUGCCGCUUAAGCACACUAGACACCGACUGUACUGGGGCAAAGCAGAGGACGGAUCCAGGGUAGCCAGAUCCCCACCGACCAACACGCGAUCGGACAGAAAGAGGCUCACCAAGUGGAUGGCUCGACAAAUACAGUUCGGCGACCAGACAUGCCAUCUCUGCGCUGCGGGGGCCAAGGAGACCACCGCCCACGUCCUGGGCGGAGAGUGCAGCCUGCAUGACCCCAACGACCUCAUCACCGGCCACAAGGUCAGAGACCUCAUCCGUGCGCAGGCCUCCUCCCACUCAGCGUACGUGGACCACAUCCCGCUCUGGUUUCCCCACGGGAGCGCACCCGACAGCCCCUUCCUGCUCACCAUGGAUACGUUCUCCAACCUGAUCGUAUAA